GUUUCAUGCACUGACGAACCUGUUCGGAGAACAGUGGGUGGAUCUUAUUUCAAACGCUUUUUACAGCGUGUUUUAUAGGCAAAUUACAACCCCACUGCAUUUCAGGUGAUAAGUUUAAAAGUGUAAGUAUACACCAUCUGAUACCUGAACAACAUGUCUGACACAAAAGAUGACGUGUAUGAGCUAAUAACAGAAGAGCAAAUAAGAGAUGCUGAGGAACAUCGCAGUCCGGAAGUAAGACGAACGCCAUUGCUCUCCAACGUCCAGACACUGUUCCCAGAAGUAGAGGACAAACAUGUUAACUUAAGCCUGAAGCUUGAGUCUAUGCAAACCACAGGUUCCUUCAAAUUUAGGGGAAUCAUGAACCAAAUUCGUUUUAUUCCACCUGAAGUAAAGUCAGGAGAAAAGAAGCUAAUUACAAUGUCGGCAGGAAACUACGGCAAAGCAUUUGGACACGUGACCAAGGAAUUGGGUCUCAAGGGUUUGUGUUUGAUCCCCAAAUUCGCACCUGCCAACAGAGUGGAUGUAAUAAAGGGCUAUGGCGUGGAAAUCAUACCCACCCCUAAUGAGGAACUUCAGCCGACGGUGGACAGGUAUGUCCAAGAGAUGGGAUAUGUGUAUACUCACCCUUUUGAUGAUUUACACCUCAUCGCUGGAUACAGCAGCCUCGGAUCUGAGAUAUUGGAAUCCAGGCCUCUGCCAGAUGUUGUUGUUGUCUGUUGUGGUGGAGGGGGUGUUCUUGCUGGGGUGGCCACCGCAAUCAAACUGAGACGACCCGAAUGUAAGGUAUAUGGCGUCGAACCCGAGAGAGCGCCAACAAUGUUUGAAAGUUUUAAGGCGGGCCAUGCGGUAACUAUGCCAUCCGUGAAAUCCAUUGCUUCCGGAUUGUCUCCACCUUUUGCAGGAAAAAUUACUUACAACCACUGUCGGAAGUAUGUAGAUGACAUCUUGCUGGUUUCUGAUGAUGAAAUCAGAGCGGCAGUUAAAAGACUCUACCAUGCUGGGUUGGUGGUUGAGGCAUCGGGUAGUGCUGCAAUGGCUGCCAUGUUGUUUGAUAAAAUCCCAGAUGUCAACGGCAAAAACGUUGUUAUAGUUAUUACUGGUGGUAACGUUACGCCAGAUGAAUUGGUGAAACUGUGUGAGUGACAUUUGCCUUAUGUUGUCUAUUGACCCCUAAUUACUACUAAUGGCAGGACAACUUAUGUGAUAAUCCAUAUAACUAUUAUUUAUGUACACAUUACAGUAAUAGUAUGACACACCCAAAUAA